CGGGAACCCCCAUCAGUCUUUUCGUACGGCAACCCAGCUGAAGACGAAACAUGCCAGCUAAAGGUCCCCUGCAAUCUGUCCAGGUUUUUGGACGUAAAAAAACCGCCACAGCAGUUGCCCACUGCAAGAGGGGGAAUGGUCUGAUCAAGGUGAAUGGCAGACCCCUGGAGAUGGUAGAGCCCGCCACUCUCCAGUACAAGCUUCUGGAGCCAGUUCUGCUUCUGGGCAAGGAGCGCUUUGCUGGAGUAGACAUCAGAGUCAGAGUGAAGGGUGGCGGACAUGUCGCACAGAUCUACGCUAUCCGUCAGUCCAUCUCUAAAGCCCUCGUUGCAUACUACCAGAAGUAUGUGGAUGAAGCCUCUAAGAAGGAGAUCAAGGACAUCCUGAUCCAGUACGACAGGACUCUGCUGGUUGCUGAUCCAAGGCGCUGCGAGUCCAAGAAGUUCGGUGGACCUGGAGCUCGUGCCCGCUACCAGAAGUCCUACCGUUAAUUCGCCUUUAAAUUUUCAUAAUAAAUUGGACGAACAAAGGA